AUUCUACAGUCCUGAGUGUUCCAGAAGAGCAGAAAGUGACAGCGGACAGCAUUCACAUUGGCUUCAAUCUGUCCUCCAUUCCUUCAGAAGAGAGUGUGGUGUCGGCAGAGCUGCGUUUCCUGCAUGAAGGAUCAAAGGAAGACUCUCACGUGGUCAGCCUUUAUCUUUCAAACAGUGACCCUGUUUCAAAGCCCACACUACUCCAUUCACGUCAGCUGACUAGAGAUAGAAAGACUACAGAACUCUGGGAAACCUUUCCCCUGGACGGAGAAGUGUUUCAGAAUCUAUCCGAGAAGUCAGGGAGCCUGUCUUUUAUUCUGGACGUUAUUGCUGAUAAUAACAGCAGUCUCUCCAAAGAGAGACAUCUGCGGGUGCGCAGGUUCACCGGGCAGGAUGUGCACAGCUGGGCGAGGCAGAGGCCCUUACUGGUGACUUAUAGUCACGAUGGGCGCAGCAAGCCCUUUGUGCCCCUCAAAAAGCAGCCCCCUGCUGGCAGACGAGGCAGGGGCAGAUGGACCGGGGGCAGGUUUAAGGGUGAUAGGGGUCAGGGCUCUGACACAAGUUGGCGGGUGGGAUGGAAUGAAAAGCGAGUGAAACGACAAGGUGGGAGGGCUGCCAAGCUCAAACGGCUCUCCCGCGCUCGCUGCCGUCGACACCCACUGUAUGUGGACUUCAAAGAUGUAGGCUGGAAUAAAUGGAUCGUGGCCCCGUCUGGUUACGAUGCUUUCUUUUGCCUCGGAGAGUGCCGCUUCCCACUGGCUGACCAUAUGAAUUCAUCUAGCCAUGCUAUGGUGCAGACGCUGGUCAACUCCGUAAAUGGGGCCGUGCCGCGGGCCUGCUGUGUCCCAACGGCCCUUAGCCCCAUCGCUCUCCUCUACCUGGACCAGGAGGAACGUGUGGUGUUGAAAAACUAUCAAGACAUGGUGGUGGAGGGCUGCGGCUGUCGAUAACAAAAUACUCAUGGAAUGAAUAAGAAGGGUGGACUGGGAAAAUAGGACUAAAAAAGGGAGUAAAAUCAGGAAGUGAGAAGUGAGUCAGAAAGAAACCUAAAGAGACAAAGAAAGCAAGGUAAAACGGUCAUAAUAAAAACAUGUGCACCUUCCCAUAGUCCUCUGGAACCUAUCUUUGACUCAUUUUGUCCAAUGAAGCAUAGUAUUUUUGUGAACUACGACCCUUAGAAGC